GCGUGACGUACUGGGGCGGUGCUACAGGACCUUCUGGGCAGCCGGGAUGCCCCGUCCCGGAGCGAGCAUGGGGACUCCUUUGGGCGCCGGGACCCGUCCCACGGGCGCUGGAAAUCUUGAAGGCGUGGGGACCUCUCCGGGCCUGCAGACUGACUGCGAGACGCUGCUCAGCCGCUUCCAAGAGAUGGACAGCGUGCGCUUCGAGGACUUUGCGGAGCUCUGGCGUAGCAUGAAGUUUGCAACCAUCUUCUGUGGCAAAAUGAGAAAUUUAAAAAAGAACAUGUUUGCCAAAGAAGCUUUAGCUUUGGCAUGGCGCUACUUUUUACCUCCACACACGUUCCAGAUCAGAGUUGGCGCUCUGUAUCUUCUGUACGGGUUGUACAACACACAGCUGUGCCAGCCGAAGCAGAAGAUCAGAGUUGCCUUGAAGGACUGGGAUGACGUCAUUAGAUUUCAGCAAGACUUGAUAAACGCACAGCAUUUUGACGCAGCUUUUGUUUUCAGGAAGCUUCGGCUCGACAGAGCCUUCCACUUCACAGCAAUGCCCAAGCUGCUUUCAUGUAGAAUGAAGAAAAAAGUUCAACAAACUGAAGUGACACAAAAAUUUAAGGACCCAAGUGAUCGUGUAAUGAAACUUAUCACUUCUGAUGUGUUGGAGGAAAUGCUAAAUGUUCACGACCAUUAUCAGAAUAUGAAGCAUGCUAUUUCGGCAGACAAGUCCAUGCCGGACAAAGCCCUCAGUCUGGUAAAGGAGGAUUUUUUUGACAACAUUAAGAACAUAGUUUUGGAGCAUCAGGAGUGGCACAAAGAAAGGAAGAAUCCCUCCUUAAAACCCAAACUUAAAGAUGGAGAAGUGAAUGGCGAAGGCACUUCAGAGGAGCCAGAGAGAUGUGAAAGAGCAGUGUCUUUAGCGAAAAUAAAAGCAAAGGCGUUCUCAGCUGUGGCCCAGGUGUCCAAGUCCAGGAGGCAUCGGCAGUCCAAGCUUGACUCUUCUGACUCUGAUUCUGGGUCUGGACAAGUGCAAGGCAAAGCAGCUAAGAGAAAGAGAACCAGAGAACCAGCAGAACCAGCAGAACCAGCCGGAAGGAAGAGGUCUUCCAGGAGUAAAGGUAGUGUUCCGGAUGAACAUAAGGCAGAGAAGUCUUUAUGCCUGAGUAUGCCUGUUAUUACAGAGGAGGAAGAAGAAGAGGAAGAAGACGAGGAGGAGGAGAUGGAUGGCUUCAGCAAAGCAGAGUUUACUGCACCCAAGAGGAAGAGAAAACGCUGAACCAGGAGGCUGGUGGAGUUUUACAGAAGAAAUGGUGUUUUUUUGUGUUCUAAGCAGGAAGUAGCCAGUGAAGACUAAGUCUGAGAACAAGAUCAUGUCUGUGAAAUGGGAGAGCCUCUCAUAGGCCAGGAGUUGGAGUAAAGGUUUCCUCUGAAGCUUAAUAUUAACAUUUUUGUUAAAAUUACAAUUUUAACAAAUUACAUUGUAAUUUGUAACAAAAAUACAUUGUAAAUGUGUUACAUUUGUUAAAAUUGUUAAAGGUCUCUAUGAGUGGAGAUAAAGUUUCUAUUACCUUUAAAAUGUAAUAGAAAGAAUUAUUUAUUUGUGGGUUAAUACUUUUUUUUGAAAGUUUUUGUGCUAUUACCAUAAUGCAGUACUGUAAUGUUUAUGAUUCUGCUUUUAAAACAUUGUUUUAAAAUACUGUUUAUAUGUAAAUGACUUGUACCUACUAUCACCUAACAAUGGAUUUGGCUGAGGUUUUUGUUGACUAAAAAGUGUUUUAUGGUUAAAUACAAUAAAAAUUUGCCCCCUUG